GAAAUUUCCUGUGCUUCUUGUUUUACAGGUGCUUCUUAUAUUGCAGGAUAAAUAUGCUCUGAUUUAUGCAGAAAAACAAAUGACAGCCCGACAGGCAUUGGAGUACGUAGCCUUUGUAGAAAGCCAUAACUGCACCGUAGGAACAGGAAAUUCUCUCCAGCUCCAGUUCGACGCAACAGCGUGGAGCACAUAUGCCCUUGCUGCAGUGCGAACCGCCAAUUUUCUUUCAAAACUUAUUACUUAUAACAACAACACAAUGUCCGCACUUUCUGACAAUAUUCUAUACUCUCUUGUGAGGAACAAUGUCCAUUUGAAGUCUGUGAUAUUUGGAUCUGCCAUUGCCUUUGAACCGGACCUCUCACUUUCCUAUCCUCUCUACUGUCCUUAUGCAUACAAACAAAUAGACAACUCCACGGUAACUGUCAAUGCCAUGGAUCUCUCUGUCAAUUAUAACUACACCGACCCUGACACUGAGUGGUACCACACCCUCCGAUUUUUAGACUAUUCCAAUAUUUCCAUAGUGACUGACCAAGUUCAAUUUAGGAAAGGAAACGCUCUACAACCCGCUAUUGACGUCAUUCAACCAGUGGCGGAUCUAGGUGACGGACGAUGGACCAAACCCUAUUAUGAUUGUGGAGGGGGGAACAUUUGGAUGGUGACUUAUUCUUCCCCAUUCUUUGGACUAACAUCGAACCAACAGUCUGUAAUAUUUAGAGGCGUGGCUACCAUUGAUAUCGAACUCACCCACAUUGACAUCAACCAAUGUGAUGCGGAUCUCUCUUCUUCUGGGGGUGCCCUGGACAUCUUCAGAGGAACGCACAACUGUCAGUCAACAACUGUAUGCGUUUUCACGGCAGGUAAAGGUUUUACUCGUGGAGCCUACAGAUGUGAGUGUGCUCCGGGUUACUUCUUUCCGGAUGUUCACGCCAAAGAGAAAUAUUAUGACGGCAGCGUAAUCGAAGAUGACAUCACGAAGAACAAUGUGACGUUUCUGGAUUCAUCCACACGCUACAGAUGCAGUCGUUGCGCACCUGGGUGUGAGAAAUGUGUAGACGCGUCCCCUUGUCUAUUUACAAGGAAUAUUUACAUAAAAGCUGUUGUUCUCGUCUUGACAAUCCUCACUAUUAUUAUAAUUAUCAUCGUUUCAGCGAUGAUAUUUCAUCUGAGAGAAAGCAAGGUAAUUAAAAGCGGAAGUCCAAUUUUCCUGCUACUAAUGUGCGCCGGAAGUGCGUUGAUGUGCCUUCAGCUGUUUGUCAUGUUUCCUGAUGCAGACGAUAUUUUAUGUAUGGUAUUGCCAUGGCCUUAUCAUUUGGGAUUCGUCUUACUAUAUGGAUCCCUUCUCCUCAAAACUUGGAGGAUAUCUGUAAUAUUUAGACAGGGUCAGUUUAAACGAGUCCAUUUGCCAGACAAAACUCUCAUUCGUCGAUUCGUCCCCAUCGUGGCCAUAGCAAUAGGGUACUUGGUGGCAUGGUCCUCUGCCAAUAGGCAAACAACACAAACUCGAGAAACCAAUUCCGGGUUAAAGUUCACUAUGUGCACAGAAAAUUGGUGGUCAUAUUCCGCCUAUGGAAUGGAGGUACUAAUGCUUUUAUUCGGAGUCUACUUGUGUUUUACUGUGCGGAAAGCUCCAGCUUCAUUCAACGAAAGUAAACACAUCACGUGGUCCAUAUACAACGCCAUCAUUCUCAGUACAUUCAUCUUAAUCAUUGUGCAAUUUGUAGCUGAAACUUCCGGUCCUGAUUUAAUCUACAUCCUGUAUUUUUUGAAUUGUCAAGUAGUUGUAACAAUUACAAUGGUGCUAAUACUCGCUCCAAAGUUUUAUGCCGUCCACAUGAACAUAGAGGUGCGACGCCGUGACAGUCUGCCAACCAUUAGUGGACAAGUGACGUCAUAUAUUCAAAGGCAACAACGGUCCAUUGGAAUUCAAACAUCAUUGAGAGAAGAUGAUUGUUUUGACAAUGAUGUUGCUAAAUCAAAUGGCACAACAUGGCUUCCAUUCCAUAAGCGUUCCAGGGUUAGACCUAUUGUUCCGUCCAGUAAUAAAUACGAAAACACCUUGACAAUAGACUCAAUCAAAAGCACAGUUUGACAACACAGAUACAAUCU